AUGGCCUCAAUCCAGGAGGAUACAGCGAGGCUCGCAGCCGUCGAUAGCCGCAUUUACCAGAUCGACAGGGAGUUGGACGAACUCUCCCGCCAACGCCAUGACCUCUGUCGUGAAAACCAGAAAUUGCGUUCCAAUAUCGAAGCUAGACGGGUCGAGAAUGCCCCCAUGCGUACCCUGAUCCCAGAGCUGUGUGACCUUGUUUUCUCGUACUACCUCGAAUGUUGCUGCGACUACGGUUGCGCCGCCGGCUUCGAGCUCUGUCCGGUUGCAGAGUGCGACCCUCUCAUCUUGGCUCAGGUCUGUCGACGGUGGAGAUACAUGGUCCUCAACAGCCCAUGCAUUUGGGCAAACCUCCACAUCCGUCUGAACAAUUCUAAGAUGAACAUCUCGUCCCAGAUCAAUCACUGGUUCAAGCACGCCCUGAAUGUCCCCGUCUCGGUCACAGUCUGUCCAGGACUACCACUUGGCUCCAGAUGGGACUCGGAAGCCUUUCGCAAGGUUAACAUCCUCACGAUGCGAGAGCUCCGUCCCUUCCUCGACCGCAUCAAGUCUCUGAAACUCUACGUCCACCAGAGCGCCUAUUCAGCGCUGUUCCCAUCCAACGCCGCGACCAGUAUGGUCCGCCUUGCCCAACUCUCGCUCGAACACCGUGGCUACAUCCUCGACGAGUUUCAGAUUGGACGUCUCCACUCGCCCAACCUGCGCACCCUCCGACUUUGCGAUCCCAGCCCACUAACCUCGUUGUUUGGCGAUGGCUUGAGCCCGCGCACGCUGCACAUCGACAAGAGCGAGUUUUGGGAAUUUCCUCGCAGGGUUGCAAAACUACUCACCGACUGCGUCGACUUGAGGGACCUCUCCAUCAUCUUCCCCCGGAACCUGAUCAGUUGCACCCAGGACACCGUCGUCCUGCCCUCAGUGUCUCGUCUCAAGUUGGAAUGGUACUACGCCUCGAGUCCAGUCCCGUUGUUUCGGUCCAUAAUCGCCCCUCAACUCCAGCACCUCACCGUCUCACACAGUAAUUUCCUCGCAACUUUUUCCAGAGAGACGAUGAACACUUUGCGCUAUCUCAUGCAGUCCUCGUACGAACUGAUAACAAUCACCAUCUCUGGCUGCAACCUCACCAGCAUGUGCGGCCUCCUGAGCACCUUCUGCCACCAUGCUCCUCAACUGCAGGAGCUGACAAUUCAUGGGUGUUAUGGUCUGGGAGUACUUUUGGAGGCUCUAUCACCAUCGAAGAAUCAGGAUCAUGUCGGGUGGCCGUGUCCCAACCUCGCCCAUGUCAAAGUCUUUGGGCUGCGCGAGAGGGAUCUUGACGCACUCUUUAGCUUUACUAGGGAGCGUAUGGCACCGGUGGAUGGCCAGGCCUCCACUCUCGUUCCACGUAGCGAGUACCUUCGCGAGCUAACCAUUGAUUCUCGUCUUCAAGAUUUUACACUUCAAUCACGUACCAUCCUUCUCAUGGGCCUCGACCUCAUUCGCCCGUCCGUCAGAAUCAACGGUCCCCUCAAAGACGCCUCCCUCAAUGUCACCAUGAAUUCGUACACUGAUGUCCCUUCUCAUAACUGA